ACGACUUCUGAAACACAUUGUGCCGCACUUUCCAGGUUCUUGUGGUAAAACAUAUGCUGAAUAAACUAGGAAAAAUACGCUUGCUACUGGUAAAGUCUUGUUUAAGCGCCAAGCCUUUAAAAAUGUUCCGCCAUAGCUUUGGAUAUCGAUUAAAGAACCAGCCAUUCGUUAUACUGUUACCCAUAUUCCUGGCGUCGGAAAGUUUGUUUCUAGCUGAUUGUGUGAUGGACGACUUGGAAACCGAAUGCAGUGAGCCUGCCCGAUCCCGAAGUGAAGCGCCACUGCCUGUUACUUCAUUCCGCACGGAUGGUCUUACACGAGCAGAAUUUUGUCUGCGCUUCGCUAAAGAAACAAGCUGCAACCAAGUAAUGUUCGGUUCCACAUAUGAAUUCAGUAACUGCAACAACGCCACCGACAACGAGAUACGAGCACAUGCUUGGGGGCAUUUUAUUGAUAAAACAUAUAUCGAUUUCAACUGUCCUUCAAAAGGUCGUGAGCAUAUGAAAGCAAUAACCACCGCAAUCAGUGGAAUAAGUCAAAAGCGGGCACUAACGCUGGCACUUUACGACAGCACCGAUAACAGGGCGACGGCACUUCAUUACGAAGUCGUGGAACCGGUGCGCAGUCAGGUGAUUCAACUGUCCGCACUUUACUGCAAAACACCAAAUACAACAGCCAAAGUGUACGCGAUGGGGAUUAUGCCCAACCUCCUAUGCUUCCAGUUAGGCUGGUAUUGUCAUGGUUUGGUCAUCAGAAAGAUUGACUUUUCGCGAAUGCCGCAUGUGCGGGCCAUUCAGUUCAUCAUCUCAACCACCAUUGCGGAAAUGGAACCAUACACGUUCACCGACCUCAGUAACCUCCAGAUCCUAACACUGGAAGAUCAAAUUGCUGGCGACCUGUAUUCACGUGGAGAGAACGAUCACGGUAUGGCCAAGGGUUUCUUGCCAGAUCAUGUGUUCGAGCACAUUCGUCGCUUACAUUGUGACUGCUCGUUCAGCUGGCUCCGAAAUUUCCUAAAGAAGAAACCGUACCUAAUUAUGGCAAUGAAGAAAAGUCAGUUGAUGAAGGUUGGGAGUUUCGAACUACCCGAGGACGACAUUCGUGCCCCCGGAAGUUCCGCUAACGUGACAUCACUCUCACGUCGUGAGCUGGAUAAUUUUCAUAUAACAAUGGAUAUCAUCCAAAAUAAAUGGUCGCCGGUGCUGAGUGUCAACUGUGCUCAAGCAUUCAAUUGGAAAAAUACACAGGCUGGCAGUCAGUUCUCUUACAACACCUCUUGCUACAAUUUGAAUUGCUAACGUACCCCGUAGCUCAAGUGAUCAUGCUUGCUGUAAAAUUAGCGCGAAUUUGAAAAGCAGUUCUUCUGAUUAUUGCUUUUGUAAUACAAAAAUGCUUAGUGUUACAGUAAUAACUGUCGUUCUGGGAAUUAUCUGGCGGUUGUUUGCAUUAAAGACAUAA